CACAGCUCCUCUCUGCUAGACUGACAGACUCACUGACACGGAGAGAGGCAUACAUUCAAGCAGCACAGAGUAAAAAUAAAGGAACCUAUCCCGGCUGACUUGGACUGGAGACAUGACCAAAGAGACUGAGACUCUGGGACUGAUCUUUCAAAGCGAGAACUUCAACUAUAACCGUUAUACUAACCACAUCAUGGACUCCUGGUCCUACCUGGAGAGCUCUGUGCCUGAGCUGAACCCCCCCAAACCAAGACUACAACCAGGCGACGACCUUGCAGCCUUAACCAUGCUUUAUGAACAGUGCAAGAGCCAGAAAGAGCAUAAGAACGCUGUCUGUUCCCGUGCAGGCAACAUCUGCAAAACAACAGAGAGGACUCCAACAACUACCAAUGACUUUACUUCACUGGAGACAUCCGCCAACGUCAUGAAGAUCCUCUCUGAGAGCGUUCCCGCAAGCCAUCCUCAAGAGGUUUUGGGAUCCAAGCAGAACGCCGUCCUCCCCAUUCCCGCAACCUCAGACACCUACGCCACCCUAACCAGCGUUGUAUCGGACACUUAUGACAAGCAGGAGCUCAAUAUCAUCUUUGACUCCUUGCUGCAGAAGUGGCCAGAAAGUGGGGCCUUUCCAGACCCAAGCACCGAGACUCUUCCCUACAGCGACCCCUUCCCUGAGGACCAGUCCAGUCCAGUCUACUCCGGCUCCUACACUGGCUCCCCACCAGAGAGGUUCAGGAGCGAGUUCCAGUUUUCCCUUGGCGCUCCACUUGCAUCUCCGUACAAGCCUGCAGAGCUCCCCAUGGUGUAUCUGAACAAAGGCCAGUUCUAUCCCAUCACUCUGCAGGGAGUGGACAGCAUCUCUGCCACCAAAGUCAAGACAGUGGUGAUGGCUAUAUUCGAGAAUGACAAGAGCCCAGAAAUGCAGCUCCGCUUUUGGAAUCACUGGCAUGCGCGCCAGCCAACCGCCAAGCAGAGGGUCAUUGACAUCGCAGACUACAAAGAAGUGUUCAGCGGCAUCAGCAACAUAGAGGAGGUGGCCUUCAACGCACUCUCCUUUGUCUGGAACCCAAACGAGGAGGCCAAGGUGUACAUUGGCAUCAACUCUCUGAGCACAGACUUCUCCUCUCAGAAAGGAGUGAAAGGCCUGCCUCUCAUCAUCCAGAUUGACACGUAUGACUUCAGCUCAGGAACAAACCAGCUCAUACACAGAGCAGCCUGUCAGGUCAAGAUUUUCUGUGAUAAGGGUGCAGAGAGGAAGAUGCGCGAUGAGGAAAGGAAGAGAUCCAAAAGGAGAGGAAAGAAUGAUGCAAACACUAACAAGUCUUUAGUGAGCAGCUCCAUAGGCAGUGAUUGCACCUUCUUUCAAACCCUGGACGACCACGUCACUCAGCCAGUCCUCUUCAUCCCAGAAACACACCUCUCCAGCUUACAGCGCAUGGCCGUUCCCAUGGACGAAGCUGAAAGGAGUUCAAUGAAGAGAUUGUACCAAAACAGAGACCAGACAAACUCUCCGCCCAGCAAGCUGGCACGUAGAGAUGACCCACAAAGAGUUUUGCUCUACGUGAGGACAGGCGCUGAAGAGGUGUUUGAUGCACUCAUGCUCAAUACGCCAACGCUGGCCGGCCUACGAGAAGCUGUUUCAGAAAAGUAUGGUAUGCAAAAGGACACCAUUGGGAAAAUCUACAAAAAAUGCAAGAGAGGGAUCUUCGUCAACAUGGACGACAACAUCAUCCAACACUACUCCAACCAGUCGGCCUUCCUCAUUGAGAUGUCCGAGGUCACCAGCGGUCAGUUCCAGGUCACUCUUGUUGAAGUAUGAAAACCAGUAUCUGAUCAGCUGACCGCUCCACUGAAGGACAAGAAAUCACAGCUGCCAGUUUACACCACCUCGAAAAGCACUGCCCAAUCAGAGACAAUGUGAGCUGUGAUUCCCAAAACCAGAAAGAGAACUGGACUGAAGAAACCUCUCCAGUUUCAAGCUCAACCUUCCUCAACCAUGUAAAUACCACCAGCCCCAGUUCUUGUUAUUUGAGUUUAAUUUUAACUAAUGUAACAGCAAUUAUGAUGACCUUGUGUAAAUAAUGUAAAUAGAUUUUAAUAAGACAGUGUUUAAUGAACUAGCCACGUGCAUGUUGCAAUCAGCUUUCUAUGAAUUAUGUAUUUCAAUUUUUUUUACACAACUCAGUACAGGCUGUGUACAGAGAUUUUUCAGCGUUUUUAAGAGGUUGCUAUUCUUGCUGCUUUCAAUGUACUCAUCAUUUCUUCUUCAAAAGUCACCCACAACCUUACUCAGUAUGUUUUUUAUACUGCCACAAGUGUGCUCUUGUAGGUUCCUGUUAGUUUCACAACUAUUGUAGCCCAAUGCUGGGUUAAAUUCAGAACCGAACGUCAGACAUUUCCACCCAACAAACCACACGAGAGUUAGUAUUGGCCAUCAUUAAGCCCAAAGCUGUGGACAUUUCCUGCCUGUAUGGUGUAACCACAGACCGAUCCCCCCUCCCUUGAAUCCCUAUGGACUUUUAUGGUAUGCAUGUGUAUGUGAGUGUGUAAAAGGUUGCAGGAUUUUCUUCCCCUAUAUGCAUCAUUUCAAAAGACACAUGUAUCCCUGUAAUAUUUCAUUAUUAUACCAUGGUAAUUCUGGUUGUAUUAACAUA